AAUUCGAAUUUCCUUCGCUGGGCGCCUCCGAAAUGUGAUGAGCACUAAAAAUGUCUCUAUCUACACAGCAUGAUGACAGUGACAGUCAUUAUGUAUUGCUGGCAAAGUUGGACAACGCAAGGAAUGUUUCAAAUAUACUGAAAGCAAUCCAUUUCAAAGAGACAGCAACAGUUUUUGCAAGCUCCCUAGGGAUCAAGGUGACGGUGGAAGAUUCCAAAUGUGUUCAGGCCAAUGCCUUUAUCCAGGAGGGAGUGUUCCAUCAUUUCAGUGUUAAAGAUGAACAGAUCACAUUCAAAAUUAACCUGACUGUUCUUCUGGAAUGCCUGACAAUAUUUGGGAGCACCUCUUUGCCGGGGAUUACUACCAGUCUAAAAAUGUGUUAUGCUGGCUAUGGAUGUCCCUUGGUUCUAGUUCUUGAAGAGGAAGGUGUGCUUACAGACUGCACAAUAAAAACCCUGGAACCAGAUGAAGUUCUGGACUUUAACUUUUGUAGUUCAAAUGUGAUUAACAAAAUUAUCAUGAAAUCAGAAUGUCUAAAGGAAGCAUUCAGUGAGCUGGACUUGACCAGUGAUAUAUUACAGAUUCUAAUGUCCCCAGAUCAGCCCUAUUUUAGACUGUCAACAUUUGGUAAUGCUGGCAGCACACAUUCGGACUUUCCUAAAGACUCUGAUAUGGUGGAGUCCUUUCUCUGUACUCAGACACAGACAAACAGAUACAAGAUCUCCCUACUGAAGCCCUCAGUGAAAGCUCUAGCCUUGUCCACUCGAGUGUCGAUACGGACAGAUAAUCGAGGCUUCCUGUCUCUACAGUACAUGAUCAAAAACGAAGACGGACAAGUCUGCUUUGUGGAGUACUAUUGUGCUCCAGAUGAAGACAUGGACGAAGAAGAUGACUAGUUUAAAUACAUGUCUAAAGACCUAAUAUUUGUUCUCAGGUUUAUGAAUAGAAUUAUUCAGAAGAUUUAAUAAGUUUAAAGUGAUGAAUCUAGCCAUGUGAAAUCGUGUUAUAUGCUGUACUAGUGUACUAGAAAUUCAUUUCAAGUUGUAAUGAAGGAUAUA